UUUAUCGCAUUUUCCAAUCGCAAAUUACAUCAUUGGUGCCAGCAGCAGAAUGGACGAUUCCAUUGACGAGGAGGUGAUCUCGGGCGGCUCAACGAUCACCGUCGAGUUCAGUGGUGGAGCGGAAACUCUUUUCGGUGGUGUGAAGGAACACAUCGUACCGUUGGAUGGAUCGAAAAUAGUAUUGCUUGAGGAAAUGCUCCGAUGGCUAAGGGAUCAUCUGCUCACGGGUGAUGCUGGUCUGUUCCUGCAGGAAAAUACCGUCCGGCCCGGCAUUCUGGUCAUGAUCAACGAUACCGACUGGGAUCUGAUGGGCGAAACGGAGUACAUCCUGCAGCCUGGCGAUCAUAUCCUCUUCAUUUCCACCCUCCAUGGCGGAUAAGCACCAUGGUCGGGAAACGAUACCUGUGAUAUACACUACUUCUACUACUACUACUACCACUACUACUGCUAACACUGCAGUAUCAAGUGCUGCUGCUUCUAACUACAACUACUUCAGCUGCUCCCGGUCUAAAUGCCGCAUGGAUCGUGAGAUAAUGUUAUGAUAUGGGAAGGGCGGUUUUUGUUUUUAAAUAUUACCUUAGUGUUAAGAGUGAACUGGUCUUCGUCCCUCUGUUUCCCUCUUUUGACCGUACGAUACGCGCUGUUGUUUGUUGUCGUUCAGUAGCAGUAGCCUCACAUGCGCAGAGCGGUACGCAAAGAGAACGGCGCGCCAAACAGCACAGACGAUUAAUCCUCGCUGCUGAUAAUAGAAAGUAAGGCUGACGUCACCGACACAGUGAGAAGCUUCUCGAGCAUUAUCGUACUGAUGAUUGCGCGUUUUUAUUUAACUCCUUCGCCAACACAGCCCCCCCCCCCCCCGUAGGCGCAGCUUGAUCGCGUGUAAUGAUCGCACUGUCGUUUGAAGCAGUAGUUAGAUUGAAAGGAGGGAAGGAAGGGGCACGAAACAGAUGCACAAAAUUAACUCGUUUGAUUUUGGUUUUAAAAUUAAUACUAAGCAGAUCACUAUUACUGUACGUACAAGUAAACCCUGACGGCGCCCCGCGACACACGCGAUUCGCGAUUUUUCCCCCCUGGUUUCACAAGCCGAGGAGAAGUUUCUUUUUGUAUACAAAUAUCCCCUUCUUGUUUAUAUAUUACUGAAGGAAUAGGAAAGAAUCAGUGAAGGAGAGGAUGAGAGAGAGAGAGAGAGAGAGAAAGAGGGGGAGAAUGUAAUGGAGAAAUAUAUACCAAUUUAAGCAGAUUA